CCGGCCCAGCCGCGCGUCCCUCCCGCUGCCGAGCCUGGGCGCCCAGGCGAGGAGCCGACAGACGGGCGGACGGACGCACCGACAAGGGGCCCACGGGCGGCGCGGGCGUCGGGCGCAGGAGCAGGUGGGGGCCGGGCUCUAGGCCCUGGACUCAGGCCACGAGGCUCCCCUUCGUCACCGGCCACCACCAAAGACGCCAUGAGCCAGCUGGGGUCUGUGAGCUGCUGCCCCGGUGCUGCCAACGGCAGCCUGGGCCGGUCUGACGGUGUGACCAAGAUGAGUGCCAAGGACCUGUUCGAACAGAGGAAGAAGUACUCCAACUCCAACAUCAUCAUGCAUGAGACCUCCCAGUACCACGUCCAGCACCUGGCCACGUUCAUCAUGGACAAGAGUGAGGCCAUCGUGUCCGUGGAUGACGCCAUCCGGAAACUGGUGCAGCUGAGCUCCAAGGAGAAAGUGUGGACGCAGGAGAUGCUGCUGCAGGUCAACGAUCAGUCGCUGCGGCUGCUGGACAUAGAGUCCCAGGAGGAGCUGGAGAACUUCCCGCUGCCCACCGUGCGGCACAGCCAGACGGUGCUGAACCAGCUGCGCUACCCCUCGGUGCUGCUGCUCGUGUGCCAGGACUCGGAGCAGAGCAAACCUGACAUCCACUUCUUCUACUGCGACGAGGUGGAGGCGGACCUGGUGCAUGAGGACAUCGAGAGCGCGCUGGCCGACUGCCGUCAAGGGAAGAAGAUGCGGCCACAGACCCUGAAGGGCCACCAGGAGAAGAUCCGGCAGCGGCAGUCGGUCCUGCCCCCCCCCAAGGACCCGGCCCCCAUCCCCUUCCAGCGCUACGGCAGUGACUCCCCAACCAGCAAGAACCGGGUGGGCCCGCCGAUGCCGCUCAGUGAGCCAGGCUUCCGCCGUCGGGAGUCGCAGGAUGAGGAGCCCCGAGCCCUGCUGGCCCAGAAGAUAGAAAAGGAAACGCAAAUCCUCAACUGUGCCCUGGACGACAUCGAGUGGUUCGUGGCUCGGCUGCAGAAGGCGGCAGAGGCUUUCAAGCAGCUGAACCAGCGCAAGAAAGGGAAGAAGAAGGGGAAGAAGGGGCCAGCAGAGGGGGUCCUCACGCUGCGGGCACGGCCCCCCUCCGAGGCCCAGUUUGUCGACUGUUUUCAGAAGAUCAAGCUGGCUAUCAACCUUCUCGCCAAGCUGCAGAAGCACAUCCAGAACCCCAGCGCUGCAGAACUCGUGCACUUCCUCUUCGGACCUCUGGACCUGAUCAUCAGCACCUGUGGGGGCCCAGACAUCGCCCGCUCCGUCACCAGCCCCCUGCUUUCCCGCGAUGCCGUGGGCUUCCUGCGAGGCCACCUGGUCCCCAAGGAGACGAUGCUGUGGGAGUCUCUCGGGGAGACAUGGACUCGUCCUCGCUUUGAGUGGCCGCGGGAGCCCCUGGUGCCCCUGUACGUGCCCAAGUUCCACAGCGGCUGGGAGCCACCCCUGGACGUGCUGCAGGACGCUCCCUGGGAAGUGGAGGCCCCGGAGAACGAGCUGAUCCCAGCAAACCGGCUAUCCUUUCGAAGCUCCCCCAAACACAACCUGGUAUCUGAGCCCACAUGUCCACCUCCGGGAGACAUCCCCCCCGCAGUCAGCUCCCCGCAGGCUCACAGGGGCUACGCACCCGCGCCAGCCAUGGCCAAGUAUGUCAGGAUCCUCUAUGACUUCACGGCCCGCAACGCCAACGAGCUGUCAGUGCUCAAGGACGAGGUCCUGGAGGUGCUGGAGGAUGACCACCAGUGGUGGAAGCUUCGCAAUCGCAGCGGCCAGGCGGGCUACGUGCCCUGCAACAUCCUGGACGAGACUCGGCUGGAGGACGCCCCCCUGGAUCAGGCCGGUCUGAAAUACUGGGGUCCCUCCAGCCCCACUCACAAGCUGCCCCGGAGCUUCGCGGGGGACAAAGACGAGUUGAUCCACCACAUGGACGAGGUCAACGACGAGCUCAUCAGGAGGAUCAGCCACAUCAGGACGCAGCCGCAGCGGAACUUCCGCGUGGAGCGCAGCCAGCCCGUGGGCCUGCCGCUCACCUACGAGUCCGGGCCCGCAGAGGUCCGCGCCUGGCUGGAGGCCAAGGCCUUCAGCGCCCGGAUCGUGGAGAACCUGGGCAUCCUGACGGGCCCGCAGCUCUUCUCGCUCAACAAGGACGAGCUGAAGAAGGUGUGCGGAGAGGAGGGCAUCCGCGUGUACAGCCAGCUCACCGUGCAGAAGGCGGUCCUGGAGGAGCAGCAAGGUGGGUCGGAGCUGGAGGAGCUCAUGAGCAAGUUUCAUUCCAAGAACCAGAGGAGGGUGGAGGACGACAGCUAGACUCGGCCCCGGGUCCAGCACACCUGCGGCGGGGGAGACGCACCUGAGGAGGUGCCCGGUCCCAGUGCACGGAGUAUUAUUUUUGUAUGUGUGUAUGUUCUGGACCAUGGACACGGUGGCGGUGGCGGGCUGGGGGCGGCCUCUGGCCUCAUGGCGCAUGGUGGGUCCUGGGGCUCAGCAGGGCCUCAGGCCGUGCUCAUCCGCCUGCCCCAGGCCACCUGCGCCAAAUUAGCCACUUGGAGAUGCAGGCCCUUCAUGCACCUGCCCCUGAAACCAGAGCUGUGGCUUGUCCAGCCCGCCCAGCCCCUUCCUGGCUUUCAUGACACCUCGCCCUGGGGCCACAGAACUCCCAGGAGGUGGGCAGGACUUAUCCUCUAGGCUCCUCAUCCACCUGGGGGUUCCUCCCGGCCCUGGUGACCCUGGCCCCAAACCUCACCCCCAUGGCUGCUACUUCUACACGCACCUGCACGUCCCCACCUCGGGCCGGGCAGCAGGCUCAGCUCCCCUGGACUCUGAGCUGGGCCUUGUCCCCGAUACUGCCCAUAGCACCCCCCAGCGCACUACUCCUCAAGGGUGUCCUGUGGGGGCUCCAGGCUCCACCGGGUGGGGUGCAUGCUCUACUCCCACCGCCCUCGCAAGGAGCCAGGAUGGACUGGACAUACCCUCACUCAAGUAUGGCCUUAGCCCCCACCCCACCCCCAAGGCAGAGCCCGAGGGAGGCAUUCCCCCAACAGGUCUAAGGCCCGGCUGGCCCUAUGUACUGUGUGGGUGGUGGGUGAGUGUUGGAGCCCCGGCCUCUGCAGGUGACACCGAGAUGACAGCUGACCAAGGUUCAAAGGCCGUGUCAUUAAACCAAUUAAGUAUCCUAGCA